AUGUUCGUCUGUGUCACAGAAGGCAGAGCAAUGUGCAGCAGUGGAAAGCCAAAGAGAGAGGACUCUGCAUGCUGCCCAGAAAGUGACAUCCUGUCAAAACUAGUUGAGUUCUUUAGAAGUUGGUUUCCUUUUCCACAAUACAAGAAAAAUGAUGACAUACUUCACCGACUGGAUGUUGGAUUUCGGUUUGACACGCUCCGUACCAUCCUGCAACAGGAAGUUCUGCUGCAGGAGGAUGUGGAACUGAUUGAGUUCCUUGACCCCAGUAUCCUGUCUGCAGGGCAGAGUAAGCAACAGGAAAACAGACAGCUUCCAACGCUACGCUCCCUAGCAACUCCUAAUAUUUGGGAUGUCUCGCUGCUGCUCGCCUUUGUAAGUGCACUGCUUAUGCUUCCUUCGUGGUGGAGGGAAUCAUCGUGGCUGCUCUGGGGACUGGUUCUGCUGGUCUACGCAGUCUUUCGAGUGUGGGGCACAUGGAGGACAGCCAAGCUGCAAAUGUCCCUGCGAAAAUACUGCGUCCAGCUGGAAGAAACGGUGGCAAAUAGCCGAGCCUUUACUAAUCUUGUGAGGAAAGCUUUACGACUCAUUCAAGAGACUGAAGUAAUUUCCAGAGGAUUUACCCUUUUGCUUGACAGGGUCAGUGCCGCUUGCCCAUUUAAUAAAGCUGGACAGCAUCCUAGCCAGCACCUCAUCGGUCUCCGCAAAGCCGUGUAUCGAUCUGUCAGAGCCAACUUCCGAGCUUCAAGACUGGCUACUCUCUACAUGCUGAAACACUACCCUCUGAACUCAGAGAGCGACAACGUGACCAGCUACAUCUGUGUCGUCCCCUUCAAGGAGCUGGGUCUGGGACUGAGUGAAGAGCAGGUAUCUGAAGAGGAGGCGCACAAUCUCACCGAUGGCUUCAGCCUGCCUGCCCUCAAGGUCCUCUUUCAGCUCUGGGUAGGGCAGAGUUCCGAAUUCUUCAGGAGGCUGGUGCUGCUCCUCUCCCCAGCCAACGCAUCCCCCAAGCCCUUGGUGUCCCCCGAGCGGCUGCCUCACCACAUCUUGUCCGAUGUGACCCAAGGCCUACCUCACACACACGCGGCCUGCCUGGAGGAGCUGAAGCGAAGCUACGAGUUCUAUCGGUACUUUGAAACUCAGCACCAGUCGGGUUUUGAGCGGCCAGCCAGGGCAAAGCAGAAGUCGAGGGAGCUGAACAGCCUUCAGACGGCGGUACGCAGCUUGCAGCUUCACCUCAAGGCGCUGCUCAACGAGGUAAUAAUUCUUGAGGAUGAACUUGAAAAACUUGUUAGCACUAAGGAGACACCUGAGAUGACAACAGAAGCCCAUCAGGUUCUGGAACAAAAGCUAAGGUUUAUUCAGCCUCAUAUUCAGGCAAGCAACAGCUGCUGGGAAGAAGCCAUUUCUCAGGUGGAAAAAAUGAGUGGAAAAAACUCAAAUAAAAAAGGCAAACUUGAAGUUUCCUGUGACAACCUACAGCGUACUGCAGUACCUUUAACACAGCCUGCCAUAUACAUAGAAAACAAAGAUCCAAUCCCUGAAGAGCAGGAAUUGGAAGCCUAUGUUGAUUUUUCAGACACGGAGAAUGAAUACAAAAGGGAAGAUUUUUACUGCUUUUCCCAGGAAGAAAGAGAGAGACAAGAGAGAGAGAGACAGGAAUCUAAGAGAGUGUUACAAGAAUUGAAAUCUGUACUGGGAUUUAAAGCUUCAGAAAUAGAAAGACAGAAAUGGAAACAGCUGCUAUUCAGCGACCAUGCUGCAGUGAAACCCUUGUCUCCUGUAGAACCACUGAAGCUACUAAAUAAUUUGGAAUCACAUAUGAAUUCAGAUACAGAAAAGCAGGACUGCAGCCAAAGUUGUGAUAAAUCAGAAGAGAAAGACUCUAAUCCAAAAGUGAAUGCUGCUGAUAAAAGCAGGACAGAAUAUUUGUAUGAAGACCCUGAGGUGGAGAAAAACACAGACAGUACUACUGAAGAAGAUAAUUCAACAGGGGCUGAAGAAAGAGUGUAUUAUCAGCAUGAAGGGGAAGUUGAAGAACUCAAGCCAAGCAAUAUGGAUGGAGUAGAGGUUUCACAGUCUCCCUCUAAGGAUGUAUUACAUUCAAAAAUCAAGCAUAGGCUGGCCCAGCUCCACAUAUCAACAGAUUUAAACUUCACAUCUGGUCUGGCUGCACAAGUUGCUGCCAGGUCUUUCUCUUUUACUACAAUGCAAGAAGAGACUUUUGGAGAUGAGGAAGAGGAGGAGGAAGAGAAGACAGAGGAACAUGAAGACGUUGUAGAGGACUGUGAGAAUGAAGGUAGAAGCUCUGAAAGUGAAGGAAAAGUAUAAGUUUGAGCUGAAUUUUGUUAUAACCAACAGCAGGCAAUUUGAUGGAAAAAACUAAGGUGGGGGGUUGAAAAUGAAAAUACUGGAUGGAAAAAAGGAGACAUAAAUAUAACGCAUCUUGUUCCCUAAGUUUGAUACACUAAAUAGGACUUCUAAGUAUAUUGAAAAAUUGCAGGUAAGAAAAGUUUAGGCUGCAUCCAAGAAAUAGUUGGCUGUUGCCUUUUUAAGAUCCUAGUGAUGGGUUUUGGAAUUUACCUUUAUAGUUUUUGUUUUAUUUAUUUAUAAUAUAAUGUAUUGUGGUGGGUUUUUUUCUAAAAAGAAGGAAAAACAAUGUCUUGAAUUACAAUAGACUCAAUUUUUUUUUUUGCUCUCUAAUUCUGUUAUGAUAACCAUGUUUGUUCCAACAAAAAAGCCAGGACAUUUCUUUUGGAAGAACCUGAACUGUUCCCUGUGAUCUUCCCCCACCACUUUCCUUUCACUUCUUGUGUCUGCAGCGUGUUGGCUAAGCCACCGUAGGCAUUUGUGAUUCUGUGGCUAGUGAUGUGGCUCCCAACUAAAAUGUAGAAUUUUAAAUAAAAACUUGAAAGAGCUAGUAUUUGAUGUGUCCUGGGGUAUGGGGCUGAAAUAGAAUAAAGUUAGUCAUGCUUCAUAUUAAGGUUUAGUUAGAAUUUUAUGAAGGGUUAAUAAAUGAUUCCUAGAUGUUGUAAUUCAUGUUAGAGAAACGUAGUAUAUGUUAGGGAAGGUUAUAAGCACAUCAGUAGAAAGUACUAUAGACGGCUAGAAGCUAUCUGUUGGAUUGAUAAUAAAUGAGAAGUAAAUACCUAUUUAUUAAAACAGCUAUUAAUUAUUUGUUAACCUUUUGUAAAUUGAACCUUAAUAUAAUGUUUGAUUUGAUAUAAUGAUUGAUUGUACAUCUUUGGUUAUGUCCUAAACUAAUUUUCUUAAAGCGAAGUUAUCUGAGCACUUAUCUUAACAACAUAUUUUGUUUACUUAACAACAAGUAUUUUGUUUAAACGCCAUACUUGCUCUUCCCUCAUGUUCUUUAAUUUUUCCUUAGAUCACAACUAUAACCCGUGUGAGUAAGAAUCAGUGGGAGAACAAGAACCGUGUAUUUUCUAAGGUCUGGCUUGUAACUUAGUUGACGCCAGAGUCUGGAUGUUUGGUAUGAGGUUCUCUGGGUUGGAUUUUACUCUGUGGUGGUGUUACGAGGGGCAGCAAACUGCUGCUCACCUCACGGAGGGGCUGGUUGAGGUCUCUCUGCCUUCUCUUCCUUUUGCUCUCUGGCACAAAACGGAGCAAAGGUCCCAUGUCUCUGAUGGCAAAAGAGCCACGUGUCCGUAUGGCAUGCUCUACUUGGGCCUGGGUGUAUUUCCAGUCACAAAACAUCUCACCAGUUACUGAGAGUAUUUAUUGCCUCUUGCUGGUUCUGUAGAAUAAAGGGUAUGUUAGAUGCGAGUGGUUCGGAGCAAUAUCUGUCCUUGGAUGCUUUCAUGGCAAGUGGGGAAGAUAACGAAGGCCAGCAGGUUAGGGUGGAACUCUUGACCGUAUGUCAGAAAACAACCUCCCUCUCUUUUACUAGUGAUUUUUUUAUGAAUGCUGCUAAAUGGCUGGAUUUUCCAAUCCCAUGGCAGGGGGGUUGAAACUAGAUGAUCUUUGAGGUCCCUUCCAACCCUAACCAUUCUAUGAUUCUAUGAUUUUUUCACAGACCGUGAAGAGGUAAAUAUCAAUUGAUAGAGAAGGGAGUAUGUGACUUACACUGUUCUCUCAUCAUGUAAUAAAUGCCUGUCUUCUCCCUCACACACAGAUUUUGGGAAGAGAAUGUUUUGCCAUCGUUCAUUAACCAGUAACACUGUGUUCUGUGCCCUUAAUUUUGUGUAAGUGACUGGAAGCUGAAUGGAUGGUGUCUUGGGGAACUUGUAGAAGAAAAAAAAGAUGCUUCUCAUAGUGUAUUCAGAAGCUAAGUCUCCUCUUAGUGGUAGAGUAUAUUCUUCUGUGACCUGUAAAGGUUAGGCUAAGGUGAUGAAACACUGUUUUAUUUUCUCUGUGGUAAGCAAUUUUUUAAAUCUAGAACAAUUGCUUUGGAUAAAUUGUGUUUGAAGUAUUGUCCACGCUUCUAAAAAAGUCUUCCUCAUCCUUGACUUGAGAUCCUUGCGUUCACAAAGUGCCCAGAUAUUUUUUGUUCCUAGCUAAUUGCUCUGACCACCUAAAUGUAUGUUCCAUUAAUACUUUUCCAUUAGCUCAUCCACCAGCACCUCAUGAUCUGAUGUUGUGUAUCCCAGAAAUGAUACUUCUGAACUUUUCCCAUGGGAUCCAAAUCUCAGUUUAUGAAUGUGUAUGGCUAUGAUACCAAUCUGGAAAAAUGAUCAUAUUUAGGAUAUGAAUUAUCACUGUCCUCACAGUUUUGGGUGAAGUCAGUAGUAGCCUGAGUGCUUUGCAUCGCUACUAAAAUAGGUUUCAGAUCUCGCAUUUAUAAAAGUUGCUAGUUCUUUAUUCCUUUGCCACAGUCCUUAGCAAAAGACCUGGAGAAUCUACUUUGGUGGCUGACUUGGGACCUAGUUUUAUAUUAGGCUGGUCUUGGUGAUGAAACUGGCCUUAAGAAACUCCACCCGUCAGUAGUUUUUCAUUUUCACCCACCAGCUGGGUCAACACAGGUUUGUGUGGCCAUGUUAUAAAGCUGCUCAUGAGCCCACUUGGGUGAAAAAUCCACCCUUUUUAGGGCUUCCUUCUUAGCAUUCUCACUGCAGUGCUGCAGUUUCCAGCAGUUACCUGUACACAGCAGCAUCAGCACACACUGCGGUGCUGGCGUCAGACUCGGGAUUGCUCACAUUUACAUGAUUGGCAAAAAUGGCGUAGUGUGAAAUUUCAGCCUUGACAGCAGACAUGGGCAAGAUCAAAGGAUGACUCUUUGGAGCAGGUUCUGAUCCUGCUUUGAACAAAUAGAUUUUCUACAAGCAAUUUAACUGAUUUUCGUGGUAUUACUUAAUGCAGUCUUAGAAGCUGCACAUAUGAACACCUGGGCUCACUUGCUUUCUCUGCCUCUCAUCACAUCUAUAUAUAACAGCCAUCGGGUCAUUUAUUUUGAUUUAUUUAAUGUUCUCUCUCCAGAAAAACAUGGCUAACAGUGUACAGCACACAAAGCAUGGCUUCCCUUGAUUUGAUAACCAGGUCUCAUCUACACGCAAAUCGUCUGUUAUAAUCCAGAUUUUCUCAUAAUUAUGUCCUUUGAAAGUACUGUGUGUAUAUGCUGUACAUCUGCUGACAGGUUUCUUGGCAAUCAUAAGUUAUUGUUGCAUUUCAAAUAAUAUCUAUAAACACACUGAAGUGUGCAUUAGCGCUAAAGAGUUGUGUUAAUAUAUUGAGCACGUUGAGGUCUGAGAGCUGUCCUGUGUUCUUUGGCUCAUUACCCUAGAUAGGGAAUUUUGUGAAAACAAAACAUUUACUUCUUAGAGCUUUGUAACUUUUUGAAACAUGUUAAUCAGGAAAUCCACACUAAAUAACAAGUUAUGCCAAAGGAUAUCAGCAGCCAAAAUUCUUGCGGAGAGCAGAGCUAACAAUAAAUACAUUUUGCCCAUUCAUUUCCAAUUGGCAGCUCUGUGAAGAUGUAAAGAAGCAAGUAAUUAUAUAGGGUUAAAUAAUUUCUUUUCCUUCUGACGUACCCGGAAGGCUCUCCAAAGGCAGUAUUUGCUUCUUAGGUUGGAUUGCGAUCUAACGCUGCAUGUUUUACGUCACUUAACUCUACAGCUAAAGAUCUAGGUAAAGACUUAAACGUGGACAAAGAUCUAUGAUAAAAAUAUUAUUUGUCUCCUCUUUCUUAAAGUGUAUGUCUUCAUGACAGAAAUGAAACAGUGCUGUAAUGGAAGCAAAUUUUGAAAACCACAGAUAAUCAAGAUUCUUUCAAAUGGAGUCAAACGUGCCUGUGUCAGCAAUAAGCAAGAUUCACAAAUAUGAAGGCUUCUGCUAUCGGUUGCAGUAACGAGACAGUUUUACUCCUGACAGAGCAUUACUAGACAUCACUGCAUCUUGCACUUAGCUAAAUACGACGAAAUCUGGUAGAGCAGCCAGUUUUACUGAGGUUUCAGACUUUGUCCUGAGCACACCUAUCUCUGUGCGACCCAGCUCUCUGUGUACAGACUAGAAAUUUUAUGUGUAUCUGAAGUACAGAAUUUGCAACUGUCUUAUUAAUUUCUUUGUUACUGAAAAAACAUCUAAAUAGUGGACUGUGCAGGUCCACACUGAACUUUCUAAUUUUGUAGUCCAUCCCUUUUUUCAUUUUUUGCCUUAUUUUUAGCAGAAGCAAGGGGUCAAGUAUAGUAAACUGCCCUUGUUCUUUAAAGCAGUUAGUGAAGGGCUGCUGUUGCUCUGCAAGUGGCUUGUUCCUGGGGCUAAUUAGUCUUUAGAAUUAACAGGUUUUCAUAGUGUCUGAGUGGGAGAAAGGCACUUGGUCAGUGUAAAAGGUCAGGCCACUCUGGGAUCUUGUCUGUGACAGGGCGUAAUAGCAGAUGCUGAGGGAAGAGUAUGAGAAAAGGGAGAUGUAGUGAUGUUUCCUCAGGCUACUCCCCAACAGUUUGUGGCUCAAGGACUUCUUGAGCCAGUGGUGGUGGCUGUCAGCUUAACAGGUCCCGAUGGAGUUCUCCUCCAUAAAUUUGUUCAGUCUUAUGUUUGGUCAAUUAUUACUAGUCCCAAUGCCAGUAUGCACUCGUCUUUAUUGCAGUAUUUUACAAACUAGGAGAUUUCUCAAUAGUGUUUUUAAUUUUCUUUUUAAACUGAGCAAACCCACUUCUCUUAGUCCUUCCACAGAGGUCAUGUUUUCUGCCUUUUGGUAGAAAUCUGUCCAGUUUUUGGAGUGUAGUGACCCAAGUGUGGUACAGUACUCCAGACGGAACCUCAGCAGUGCUGAGUAUGGAGUAAUAAUCACCUCUGAUAAAACACUGAACCAUUCAAAUAUAUUUGAAUCCAUAUAAGAAAAAAAUCUUUUCAGAUCUUUUACCCCUAGCUAUUUAGGAUGACAAAUGAAAAUAUUUAGUUUAAUGGAGGAGAAAUAUUUAUUCACUGUCAGCAGGAUUUGGCUGGACGAUGUUUUUCUUUGCUAACAAAACACAAAGUUGUUAAAUCUUCCAACAGCUGCCACCUGGUCUAACACAAACUAAAGAAGCCAAACAACACUUGUUUAAAUUUCAGCUUGACUUUUCAGAGCUGCUCUGAUCUCUGAUGAAUAAGCACGUAUCACAAAGUAUACUGUCACACAAGAAUAUGGCUAUGUGGGUAUCAGAGAUCAAACUGAAGGCUUCUGUGGCUAAUUUUUAAAAUGCUUGGAGGUGUGCUUUAUUCAUAUUCUCAUGAUAUUUAAUUCCCUCCUGCAUAUGUUUCUGUUUUACCACCUUGAAUUUUAAAUGCCAAAAAAUACACUUUGAUUUAUUUCACUUGGAAAUCUGUGCAGUUAUCAGAUAAGUGGUAACGGUACUGUGACUGUGAUAAUAAGACAUGGUCAUAAGCAGGUAAAAUCUACCUACCGUGACCUUUGCUUUGUAGAUGGACACACAAUAUAAUCUGAGCUGCAGAUCAGCAUGUAACUGUUCAUGAUAUUCUGCCUCACCUUUCACGCUGCCAUCUCUUACGUUACUUGCGGAUUUGUCAGAAUAAAAUUUGAUCCAACAACUUGAAUGCUCUGUGAGCCCAUUUUACGCUUUCUAAGUUGAAGACAGGAUUCUGAAGAAGUGACUAUAAUUUAGUAGAUGAGGAAAAAGGGUUUGUUUCUCUGUUGCAAAGUGGCUUAUUUUAAAUGGGUUGAAUGGGACCAAAACUUGAAUACUUUCACGUAAUCAGCAUAUUUUUUACCUUUUUACCUGCUCGGCUUUAAAUCUUAAAGGCCUCACGGACAUUUUGCUUUAGGGGAUGCAGUCCUACAGCAGCUUAAACCAAUCCAGGUCCAGGCUGCCGUGGCCCUGCAAUCUCAGUCCCUCCUUUAGGCUGGCUUUUGUGACCACACAGUGAUUUAGGAUGCCGACCUGGCUGAAAACGCACCACUUUCACUUUCAGCUGGCUCCCCCAACUAAUUCAUCGGGUGGUUGAAAGAGCACUAGUGGCAUCCCAGGGGUGCAGGAGGGAGUACACGCCUGGGUGAUGAAGGAGGAAUGUCAUAGCCCAAAUUUACAUCAGUUUGAAUUAAUGUUUACGUGCUGUGAGUUGCCAUCGUUAGUGUCUGUACUGGAGUGAGAUAACGCAACUCCGUACGUCACUUCCUUCAUCUCCAUAUUUUCUGUUGAUUGAGGAUGAUGCCACUUAGUAUUUUACUCACUCAUUUUGACUCCUCCAUUGUUGUUUGUUUUUCUUUUUUGUUCUUCAGGCCUAGGCUGCCCCAAAACUGCUUUGUCUUACUCUGUAGAGCCUGUAAGAGCUGUCUAGUGUACUGCCAGUAAAACUGGAAUUAUCAUGCACAUCUUUUUCUUUUUUCUGCUUACUGUUUUCACCUUUCUGGUCCCUGUGACACACACAGUCCCCACCCUUUACCACGACUCUUAAGAGUUUCAGAUUUUAAAAUAAUACAUAAAUUCUUUUGUGUGUAUUUGUAACACAGCUUGACUCUUCUGUAUCUUCAGCAGCUGAAUGACUAGAUCUAGAAAUUUAUACUGACUGUCCCAGUUGACUUGAGGACUGAAACAGAAGGUGGACACCAUAACGGGGAGUACUACAAUCAAAACAGAAAUACUAAUGUAUGGUAGCCCAAAUUUAUACUGUCCUUUUGGUCUAUAUUGGCUUUUAUAAGUAAUUCUAUCUUACUGAAAAACACCGGUUGUGUUUUAGAAAUAACUGCAAUUCUAGUACAAUGUCCCAAAAUAAGUGUUAUUAGCGGGCUUGAUUUGUGCUCAAAUCUUAAUAUUUAAAGACUGCUUCCUGACCUGCUCCAGCUGCAUGGAUGAGAAAAUAAUCUCAAAUUUCCAAAUAGAGAGUGACCAAUGCUUUCCGUUACUUUGUGCUAUUAAAGAGGCCCAUUCCUAAAUAAACAAAGAGAGAAAAGUCAGUGCUUAAUAUCUUCAGUAGUCAUUACUAACAGAGAAUCAUGCAUUUGAUCUCAAUAGAAGCACCAUAAAUGAGGUCUGUUUAUGAUGUUUUAUAUCAGUGUUUCUAAAAUAAUAAUAAAAGGCUUUAAAUGUAUUAUGGGAUAAAAGCCAGAAUUGUAUUAAUUGUCCUCCAGAUCUUUCAUCCAAAGCCACAGCUGGCCAAAUUUAAACAAGUUCAAGCUGUCUAUUCCUGAACUGCUUGUAUGACAUUGUACUCAAGGUUUUUAAUGUCCUUGCAUGAGUGUUCACAGACAGCCUGCGUGCACCUAUGUGCUGGAGGUCUGCAGAGCUUGCAGGGAUCAUGGAACAGUGCUAUGCAGGAGCAGGAAGCCUCAGAAAGAUUUUGGGUUUAUUGUCUCUGUCUUCCUCUAUUGCAGAAUCCACGCCAUAUGCACUCCCACUCAUAAACUUCUUUCCUUCUCAGCUUGCUUCUUCAUAGACCAUACAAACCAAUUGUGGAGGGGUGUUUUUUGUUUGUUUCUCACCUGGGUUACUAUCCUAUAAUGCACCAGGUAAUAUAUUUCCAAUAGAAGCUUAAACAUUAGUACAAAAUAGAGGGCCUGGGCACACAGGGGCUGGAGAAGCUCUUCCAGUUUGACCACUUUUGGGAAGAGUUGUACUGAGAUGAUUGACUAUGAGGGUGCUGAGCUAGGCUCCAUGACUCUGCAGGUAUCUUCCAAAGCUCUGGUUUUUGCUAAGUCCAUUCUUUCCUCCAGUGGUAUCUCUUCCUUCUUAGCAGUCUUCAGUCAGCAGCAGCUGCUGCUUCUCGGUGGCUCUUCCCCAGCAUUCUUCUGCCAACUCUCUAAGGACUUGGCCACUUCUCCCCUUUGUUGCUCAACCCAUUGUCUAAAUUUUAUGAAACAGCAGGUCAGAUGGAACCCCCACCGAGGUGCUGCUGCUCAUUCCCAGUCAAAAACUCACAAACCAAAGGAUUCUUAGGGCUGGUGACUUGUCUGUCCUGACUUUCCUUCCAGGGAGCUUUGACCUCCAUUUCAGCCUGUCCACUCCUAUUCCUUCCUGGACUCCAGAGCAUUCACUUCCAGAGGACUCCCUCCUAAAUGACCAUAAGAUGGUAAUGUCUUCCCGGCAAGACUCAUCCUUGAACACACAUUUCUCACUACAUGAGCUUUCCUUGUUCCAGACAGUUAUGGCUGAGUCUGUGUUGCCCUAAAAUAACCUUGCAUCUUCCUGCAGUAGGGGCUGGAAACAAGCUCUCCAGAUGCUGUGCCAAUGUGCUUUGGCUCCACAGCUGCCCAGCCUUGAGCUCUGGAAGCUCUGGGAUCUAGCAGUUGUGCUUAAACCUUCCCCACUGUCAAAGAGCAUGUGUUUUCAGAACGCAAUUACUACUGAAUCUCCCCUGAAUUGAACCAUUUUGGUUUUGUUGAGCAGCAUUAAUUUGAGGGGUUUGUGUGAGUUUUAUAUAUAGACACACACUCUUCAUAUUUUACAUGUAUAUUGCCAAGUAUCGCAUUGAAAGGCUUGUCUAGUAAAAAGCUAUUCUUCUCAUAUCAAACUUCCCAGUUACUUACUUAGAAGGUAAACAAAAACCUAAUUCUUAUGAUCUAAUGGUAAAAGAACCGGAUUCUGUUCCACCAAGAAGGCUGUGUGGAGGUAUUUAAAAUGCACACUGAUUUUACACCUUUAAUUAGAAAAGCCAUUGAACCUUGUUAUCUCUUAUCGAGGCUCUGCACCUGAGCUGCUGUGGGUUCCUGCACGCCCCAUCUGUCCUGUCUUAAACACGUGAACAAAUAUAUGUUCCUCACCAUUUCCUGCCUGCUCGGUCUUGGCGUUUCCCAAAACAAGCCCUGACAGCACCACAGAUUGCCAAGGAAACCACAGGGAAGGGAAAGAGAAGAACCUUGAUAAGCUGCUGUUUAAUUGGUUAAUAAAUGCGGGCUAAAAUAUAAGAGGAAGUGUUUAAAAGAACAAACUGCAGCAGGAGACUUCUGGCAGGGCUACAGAGGGAAAUCACACGUGACACACUCUGAAGUCUGCAGACACUGGGAAGGAUCCACAAUUUCUCUUCAGUAUGGAGACAGGAAACGUUCACCAGACUGGCAGUCUUCAGCAGCUCUUUAAAUACCUCUAUUUUAUCUAAAUUUUGUUUCCACAGAAGACUGUGCUGGUGUAUCAAGCUGCAUGUAAAUCAAUCUCCACAUCUCUUCCUUUAAGCUUUGUAUGACGUCAGUCUCUUUCCUUGGACUGCACUGAAAACCCACAUGGUUUGGCUCCACUGGGAGCCUCUUCUGCGCUUACCUGCCCGUUGCUGACACUGCUUUAGACCAGCCUCAAGCAGGUUUAGGUCAGCAAGUCUUUAGAUCAGGUGUGAAGCUGGUGACUGGCCCUUUUAAGGCUCUGAGAACUAAGAUUGUGGCGCAGAUGUAGGCAGCAGCAGGAAGACACUCCUGGAUUCUGCCCUUUCUUUGUGAUAGGGUUUCUUGCCUGUGAUAUUUUCCCAAACCAUUUUAUUUCUCUUUUUCUUACUUUCCCAUCCUACCUUCUUCCUUUUUCCCAUGGAUAUGAAUCAGGACCUAAAGUCUUUUUUACACGUUUGAUGACGUGCAUCACCAGGAUCAUUUUUAAGCCAUUUUAAAAAAAAAUUCUGGCUGGGUUUCCCCAGUUUCAGAAGUAGUUUUCUCAACUGUAAUGCUGAUCACUUUCAAAGUCUUUUUGGUUGCUAUCGUUUCUUCAGCAUCUAUAGUAAAAUUCUGCCUCACUACUGCACGUAUUGCUUUUUCUCCUUACCCUGUGUCCCUGAUGGCUGCCUACAUGGCGUGGAUGUGGCUUGUCCAUCCUUCAAUUAGGAAUGAUUGAAUGGAAUAGGGAAUGCUUUUACAGGGGUGCAUAAAUGCUGCAUCAGCACUUUGUUUGAUCUUUUAUACAGAAGUUUAUUUAUAAUUCCUCUUUCAUCCUGAAGAUGAAAUUAAUUUUAAGCAAUCCUGGCAAUAGUUUGUUUCUGCAGUAUAUUUUGCUGGCUCAUUAGUACAAGCACUUUAGUAAUGAACACUGGUUGCUCUUGUCUAAAUAAGUGAUGACUGAAGCAAGAAUGUUUUUCUGUGUCUUAUGCUUCCACUUGCACCUUCCCAUCACCUUUCAGAGAACUGUAUGCUGUGUAACCAUGUGGUAACUAUUACCAAAAUCCCUUUUAUCGUCACAUAAAUGGCUGGGUAGGUGGGGCUUUAGGAAGAGAAUAAUGUGUGGGUUGCGGAGACUGGUCACAGGUAGAUCUUUAACCUAGGAACUGGGCUUAGGUGCUCUGCAGGAGGUGUCUUCUACUUCUCUAGCGGUAUGACUCUUAAGAAACAGACUUUCUCUGUAUGCUUCGAAAGUGCAAAAAUAAUGGCAAGAGUAUGGACUGGCUCUUUUUAUCUGAAGCUUAACCUUUAUUACCAGAGCAAAGGCUGUGCUCUGCUGUCAGGAGCUGUGGCUGAGGCACACCUCUCCCCCCGUGUUGGUUUUAAGGUUAACAGCUGUUGACCGCUCUCCUUACUUAGGUAUGACUCACUCUUACCUAAUUCAUAUCCCCAGGAAGGAAAGCUUAGAGAUGACUGUGGAAGAAAGAAAAUAAUUUGAUCUUGAAAGGCAAGAGGAAGCUUGGGGAGGCAGGAGUAUUUAUUCUUAUGUAUUGAAUCUUGCUGCCUAAUGAGUGCAUAAUUUGUUGUGCAGUACAUAAGGUCUUACUUAUUCUUUGCUGUCUCCAGGUUGGUUGGUUUGUUUGUUUGUUUUCGUAUGGAAUACUGAACAGAUCCAAUUGCUGCUGUUAGAAGGAGAAGCCUGUCUACCAAGAGGGGUCUGUAAUGUUUUUCCUUUAUUUGGAGAUUUUUUGAAUGCUAAAUUGCCUGUGUGUAUUCUUCAUAAUGUACCAUAUGCAAAUAUUCUUCAGGAAUUGAUACUACCACUUCAGACAGUCAAUAUUUUCUAUGUAAGAACUGUACAUUUCCUAUACUGCCAAGAAUGUAUAUAUAUCUACGAAGACUUAAGAUUGUAUCUUUUUGAGCAAGCCUCUUUCUUCAACCAUCUGAAACUUUCUUCCUGUUUCUCAAGUUCUCUGCUAAUUUAUUAGACACUUAUGUUACAUUGUGUACCUUUUGUAUCAGCUGUAUCGCUGUAUUUCUCCUUUCUCUCAUUAAAACCUGUUCUUCUCAUCCUU